AUGGAAUCAUCCGCGUCCGGUUCAGGAGAAUCGCAAACUCAAAAAAGAAGUGUUAUUUGGAUGCAUUUCACCAAUAUAUCGGAAGCUAAUGCAAAGUCUAAUCUUUGUAAAAAUAUUUAUUCCCAUAAAAAUGGAAACAUUAGCAAUUUAAGGAAGCAUUUGAAGACUAAAGAUCCGACUCUUUCAUUGGAAGGAGAAAGGGCAAAACGGCGGGUGGAAGACGAAAAUAUGCCUAGGUGCAAAAAGAACUUAGUUUCAGCGUACCUACAGCCAACGAACCAGACGUCACACAACGACGAGUUUAAAAUAUAA